CCCUUGGCCUAAUAUUUUUUUUUCUAUACCCCGACAAAUCGGAGCUCCAACUCCAGCUUCCCUCCACCACCACGACGUGAAAUCGAGCUUUUUUCGCCCCUUCCCCCAUUGGUGCUGCAUCAGCAGGAACAUCCUCGUCUUGCUCUCUUGACAUCAAAUCGCAAUGGGUCAAGCUUCCUCACAGCAAGUCCAAGGGGACGACUCUGAGCAUGAAGAAAAUUCCUAUUCUACUGCAGAAGAAACUGUGCGAUCGCGGACUAAGGAUGCGACGCCGCACGCGGUUACGGUGACGAAGCGCAAGAGGAAGCUGUCGAAUGGGAAUUCUGCGCCAGCACGACGGUCUUCGACUUCGUCUUCUUCGGAUGAUGCGAAUGGGAGGGAAUCGACGCCUCGACCGACGAAGAGGAAGCGAACUGAAAAGGCAGAACGGGCAGGGAAAGAACAGACUCGGAAGGAGAAUAAGAAAACGGACAGGGAAGAUAAGAAGAAAGCUGCGACGAGAGAACCUGAGCCUGAACCUGAGCCAGAGCCUGCUGCUGCUACUGCUGCUGAAGUCGAUUCUCGAGCUGCAUCAGACUCGGAAAAAGCGGUUCCUGUGGUAGAGAAGCCGCCAUCGCCAGUGUCGAAACCAAAGUCGAAGUCGAAGUCGCAGUCAAAGAAACAGAACAAUAAGCAGCAGCGGAAACAGGUCGUGGAAUCCUCUGAGGAUGCAGCAGAAUCACCUUCACAGCCUCAGGAUGAGUCGGGACCCCAGUCCUCGUCAGCAGCGUUGUCGGCUCCGAAACCUAGUCGCGCAGAGAGCAAAGAGAAGAAGAAGGAAAGGCUGACUGGAUUUUUUCGAGCUGACGAAGUACAAGCGUUCGAAAACUACAAGGUCGAUUUCUGCAACCUCAAUGGAUUGCCAGCCAAUACGUUCGACCGCAUGGUUCAACACUCACAUCGUGACAAAAGUGACUUCCCCGUCGACUCGAGUAUCAUUACAAAAGUGGAUUUCUGGAAAAACAUCUACGAUAUCCUCCCGGACAGGAACCGGCGGUCUGUAUACAGGUUCAUGCGACGCCACUUCCAAGCCUCGACGCAAAAACCACAUCAUUGGACGGACGAACAAGAUGAUGAACUGGCGUCCCUGGCCAAACGCUACGGGCCGCAAUGGGCUAAAAUCGCGAAGAUGCUGGAACGAAGCCAGGAUGAUGUUGUCCAGCGGUGGAAGAAUCGUGUCGAGCACAGGGACAAGAUGCAUCGGGGACCGUGGACGGAGGAAGAGGCCCGCCAGCUUAUAAAGGCUGUGACAGCUGUCAGAAACAAGUUGCUUUCUGAAAACAGCAGGGAUCUAGGGAAGGACAUAUACGAGAUGGAAGAAAAAGCUAUCGGCUGGGGCUUUGUGAGCAAUGAGAUGAAAAACGUCCGAUCGAGACAGCAGUGCGCGGACAAGUGGCGCAAGAUAAAGAGAUUGGUUCUCACACAGCGAGCGAAGGGUCAACCGGACGCUGUUUACGAUCCUGCUAGGGAGACGAGGCUUCAGGCAAGGGGAACGGAUUCAUCUAAAAAGGGUUCAUCUAAGACGCCGGAACGGGUAGAAUCUGAGAAAAAGGGGAAUUGGCGGAUUGCACCAAAGAGCACCAGAUAUGUGUAUUCGGAUUCUGAUUCGGAGGAUGAGAAUGAGGAUGAUGGUGACAACAAUGAUGCCGAUCCUGAGCCGCCAGCAGAAGCUCGUGAAGCAAAGAAAGAUGAGCCUGAAGCCAAGCAGAAGCCAGUCUCGAAGAGGAAGAAACAAUCUCCCGUGUCUGAGAGUGACGACACCGACAAGUCCGAGUCCUCUUCUGAAUCUGAACCUGAAUCUGAACCUGAGUCAGAAAGCGAGGGAUCUCAAGAUGAUGCUGCCGCUGGUCGUCCUGCGACAACAGAGAAAGCCUCCGAUGGUAAGAAGCAAACGUCAACAGCCGCAAAGAGAAAGAAGUCACCAUCUCCGUCCGAAGACGAGGAAAGCAGCGAGGAAGGUUCCAGUGACGAAGAUACCCCGGAACCAGUAAAGAAAGCACCAGCGCCUAAAAACAAGCCGUCAGCAAAGAGAAGAAAGAUGUCACCUUCUGUGUCUGAGAAGGACAGAUCUUCUGACAGCGCAGAAAGCAGUCAUGACGAUACGAGCGACGGGGAGUCAGAUACAGAAUCUUCUGCAUCUCCAAAGACUACACCCAACGGCUCAGCAGCGACGCGACGCAAGUCAUCCUCUGCAUCUGAGGAUGAAUCAGCCGACGAAUCUUCUGAAAAUGAAAGCGACGAUGACUCCUCUGCUAGCGAGGAAUCUGAACCCCGCCAAACGGCGGCAAAGGCUGAGUCAAAGAAGUCUGGAUACAUAGCCGACGAAGUCGAAGAGACGGAGCAAUCAUCGGACGAAUCAUCCGAAGAGGGAAGCGAAAGCGAAAGCGAAUCUGACUCGUCGGAAGACGAGGAGGUUCCUCCCAAGAAGACAUCUCAAGCGUCCUCUCUUAAGGCCCAUUCGAGUGCAAAGCUGCGUAAAGCACAAUCUCCUCAGAGGCCCAAGACCAAUACCUCUAGACACGUCGAGGACGAAAUAGCAGAGACGGAGCAGUCUUCAACCGAAGAAAGUUCUGAUGAAGACUCCGAUAGCGCCUCUGACAACGUCUCUGAAUCAGACGACAACUCAGCACCCAGCAUGACCAACACACAGCUAAAACGGACCAUGCCUAAAAGUGAGAGUGGUAGUGAUAUCUCUGAUGAAACCGAGUUGAAAUCCGAGUCAGAGUCGACAUCAGAGUCCGAUGUGUCCGAGUCAGAAUCAGAAUCAGAAUCAGAAUCAGAGUCGGAAUCAGACCCAGAACCCGCGCCUCAGAAGAAGGAGAAAACACUGGUUAAAAAACGCGCUCUCCCAAAGGCCCCCGCCCGCUCAAUGCUUUCAUCUUCCCCCGCUAUUAAAAGCGAGAGUGAAAGCGACAGUGAGUGAACGAAAGGGAUCUAGGGCGACAUCCGUCAAAGCAUUCAUCCAUCUAUUUGGAACUCCAUGAUUUCAAUGUCAUUCCCAGCUUUCAAGCAUUCACAAGUUUGAGUCAGUUAUAUUUGCUAUGGGAGAAUUUUUUCACAGACUGUACGCUAUUCCGGGUACGAUUUCACUGUGAAACGUUUGUCUGUCUUCUCUCUCUUUUCCUUCUUCAACCAACAAACUAUCCUAUCCCCUGGGGAUCUUUUCUGAUCUGUAAAUCUUAUUCUUUCAACACGCGAAGC